CAGCUAUAAAUAAAACUGUUGACAAAGUGUACACAAUAUUCGUGUCUUAGGCAACGAUAUUUUAAUGUCAAAAGAGUCAUUUGACGUUUAUACCAUAGUUAAAUACCUGUCGCUGUAUUUUAACACACAUACGCAGUGAUUUUGUUAAAAAAAACUUACCUAGCUUGGUUUUAGCCAAAUGUAAAUUAAAUCUAAACCAAAUAGAAUGUGUUACACAUGGCAUAUAACCGAUAAUCAAUUCAAAUAAAUACUGUGAAAUCAUAUGAUCUGAAAACAACAGAAAGUGAACAGACAAAAAAGGAAUUUCAACUUUUGUUUGUCAAACAAAACGAAAAAUCGUGCAAAGACGAUCCUAUUUAAUAUUUUUAAGAAAGCAAAAUAUUCAAAUUGGAAAUGUCUUGGCCAUCAAUAUGGCAAACAACACCGAACCAAAAUCAAGGUGGCGGAACACAAACACCGGCCACCAUGAAUAUGUAUCAAUUAACGGCUGAACAACAAUACGCUUUACAACAACAAAAUUGGCAACAAUGGCAAAUGUAUCAGAAUCAAUUGGCACAGUGGCAGGCACAAUAUGGAGAACAGUUUCAACAAAUGCAAAAUGACAUGAUGGCAACACAAAAUAUCGUUUCCAAUGCUUAUAUGCAUCCAAUGCAAAGUGUCGUGCCACCACCUCCGCCGAUUGAGCAACCACCACCUCCACCGCCACCGCAACAAGUGCUAGAUAAUACUCAAAACAAUAGAACACAAAUCCCAUCAAUUGUGCAACAAACCCCUAAUUUCAAUGAAGCGGCCAAGGAACAACAACAGCAACAACAGCAACAACAACAACAACAACAACAACAACAACCGAUAAGUCAGCCCAAUAAAAUGAAUACCGCAAUGAGUGCUAAUACUAAUCAAAAUCAACAGUCGACUUCAGCACAAAUCCACGAUAAAAAUACCAAUUUUGAAAAUGCAAAUUACUCGCAACAAAAUCAAGAUGCUUUUCGGAAACAAAAUCAAUUCCGAAACAAUCGUUGGAACAACAGCAAUCAGAACAAUCAGAACAACCAGAACAAUCGAAAUAAUCGUAUGUUUGGUGGAAAUAAUAAUAAUUUUAACAAUCGAAAUACGUUCGACAGAAAUGAUCAGGUCAAGGAUGAGGUAAAUGCACCGCAGCAAGAUGAGCAUGGGAAUGAAGAAAAGUCUCAGGAAGAAAUUGCUUUCGACAUACAGUUUCGAAGAUGGGAGGAUUCGUUUAUGGAAUGGAAACAAAACAAUGCAAACCAUCCCGAUCGAAAUCAAUACAAUGAUUUCGUCAUCAAAAUGGAAGGUUGUCGAAAACAAUUGUUGCAAAGACGUGAAACUUUACGUCAAAAACGUUUGGAUUCGAUUCGUGACGCACAAAUACAACAAAGCAAUCAAAAUAAUCAAACAGAAAAUCGAAAAGAAACGUUCGAAAGUAGCACACAAGUUCAAGAAAAUGCUGUUCAAUCGAUUGAAGAUCAAAUAACCUCUGGAUCUGGUUUAUUUGCUAGUAGCAAUGAUGGUAUUCCUGGGCUUGACCUGGUCAAUGAAGAAAAACCUGCCAAACCAGACAUAAAUAUAGUUGCUCAUGUCAAUAACAUUUUGGGCAAUCCCGAAAUACAAUCCCUCUUAUCCAAUAUUCAGAGACAACAAAGUGAAACGGACGCUACCAAAUCACAGCGGACAAAUGCUGAUAAUACAAAUGAAAACACCUCGCAAAUGGACACAAAUCAAAGUGCUAACCAAAUUGAUGAUGCUAAUGAUCAGAAAAAUUAUCAAAUGAACAACGAAACAUCUCAAAAAAAUCCAUUCCGAAACGACCGAGAUGAUAUGUCUCACCAGAUGCAAUGCCAGCCACAAUACCAAGAUAAUCAAGCAAAGCGUGCACGUCGUUGGAAUGAUAAUACGUCAAACGAUACCUCACCACAGUUCGAACACUACAAUCGCGAUAGAAGCAAUUUUGGGCAGCAGCAGCAAUCGACGAAUCAAGAUUUAAACGCUGGAUCAUUCAAAAGCAACAACAACAUUAAUAAUAAUCGUAAACGGGCUCAUGAGUCAAACUCAUAUAAUAACGCGUUCAAUCCAACGCAAAAUGAUUGCGAGGAAUUUCGUCCAGUCAAAGUAAUCGAUUAUCAAAACCGCACACAAACCCAACCAUCGUUUGAAGAUCGGCCACCGUUUGCUGGUAAUUUUUCUGCAAACAGACUUCCACCAGUGGAUGAUUAUUUUCCACGAAAAAUCAUUGAAUACGAUCAUAAAUCGAAAAUGCAUACUUGGAAUUGGUAUUGUCCAGUAUUUCAAAUGGAAUACAAUCAUACGAAGACUGGAUUUUCUCUGCACGAACAUCCGCCACUGAAAGCUGAGGUGAAAAUUAAGGCUGAAAAUUGGCCUCGACAAGGGUCAGAGUUCAAACAAUUACGGCAACCAAAUUGGGCCCACCAAAGUGGAUCGAUGGAACGUCAAGAACGUCAAGAACGAUUUCCACCGGCUCCCGAACGUUUUCCAAUAGGACAACAGCAGCAACAACAACCGUAUCAGUCUCGAUAUGAAAAUCGGCCAAAUUUUCCUUCCAACUCACAACCAGCUAAUGAAACGUAUCAAAGACGUAAUCCACAAGAUAACAAUUGGGCUCGAAAUUCUCGCGAAAGGAAAACUCCACAUGACAGGCGGCCCGAAGCAAGAAAUGUACCCGAAAGGAAUGACUACAAUACACUGCCGAAAAUGUCAUCAUCAUCGUCGUCAUAUCAUCGAGUCGAACGGAAUCCGACAAAAUUCAAUUUGAAAGACUUAUUAUUUCCUCCGGGACGUAGAACCAGACCGAAGCGGAUUGUAAUAUUAAUGCGUGGCAUUCCGGGCUCGGGAAAAUCGUACAUUUCAAAGAUGAUUAAGGAUAAAGAACAGGAAAUGGGCGGCUCUGCACGCAUUCUGAGCAUUGACGACUAUUUCAUGGUCGAAUCUGAUUCAGAGACGUCAUCAAAGCAACAUUCAUACGAGUACGAUGCGGAAAUGGAAGAAACUUAUACGCAAUACUUACUGAAGGCAUUUAAAAAAACGUGUAUUGACAACCUCUUCGAAUGCAUUAUUGUUGACUGCAAAAAUACAAAAUUACAACAUCUGGGCGAUUUUUACUUUACAGCUCAAGCAUAUUUUUUCACCCCAUUCAUCUGUGAGCUACCGUUGGAUGUUGAAACAUCAUUGAAAAAUAACAUCCAUAAUCGAAGCGAAAGUGAUAUUCGUGAAGCGUUCAACGAGUGGGAGCCGACGCCAUCGUCUUACACAAUUUUGGAUUAUGAAUGCUUGUUUAACAGCGCGGAUAACACCGAAGCAAUAAGUGAUGCUGACGAUGAUAAGGAUGAUGGAGCCGAAUCUCUCGAUGCAAUAUCAGACGAUGACAAUGGCAGUGCCGAGAAAAAUGUGGAUGAUGAUUUUUCCGAUAUUGGCGCCGAUGACGAGCCAAUGAACGAGUUUGGAGUUUUCAAAAGUAAAUGGGAUAAUGAUACAACCGAAAACAAAUUAGCGCGUCUUGAUGGUACCAAUAAACCGAUAAAACAUGCAACCAUUGAAGAUUACUUGCAAAUGGACGGAUGGGAGCCUCCACCGAGCUCCACAAAUGGCAAAAAGCGGGUUCGAUGGGCCGAUAUUGAGGAGAAACGUGAGCAAGAUAAGCAACGGGCCAUUGGAUUUGUUGUUGGCCAAACGAAUUGGAAUAAUUUGAUUGAGAACCAAUCGCGAGAUCAUACGAAUGCAUUAACAAAAAUCAAAUAUAUUGAAAAACUUAGAAAAAAUUGAGCCAACCAUUAUAGUAUGUCUACAUCGUAUUGAGAGCAACUGCAUUUAUUUUUCACUGCAUUUUUGUA